AUGCAGAGCGUUGGCAAGGAAAACCACAGCUCUGUGUCUGAAUUCAUCCUCCUUGGCUUCUCCAGUGAGUCACAGGUCAGAAUGGCCCUCUUCACCUUCUUCCUCCUCCUCUACCUCAUCACCCUUGUGGGCAAUGGACUCAUCGUCACCCUGAUUUAUCUAGACUCACGCCUCCACACGCCCAUGUACUUCUUUCUCAGUAUCCUCUCCUUGGUGGACAUGAGCUAUGUCACCACCACUGUGCCCCAGAUGUUGGUUAACAUGGUCUGUCCUAGAAGGACCAUCUCCCGGGGAGCUUGUAUAGCCCAAAUGUUCAUCUUCUUGGUCCUGGGCAUUGCUGAGUGUGUCCUCUAUGCCAUCAUGGCUUACGACAGGUAUGUGGCCAUUUGCUUCCCCCUUCACUACACACUGCUCAUGAGCCGCCCCAUUUGUAUCAAGAUGGUCACAAUCUGUGGAUCAGUUAGCAUCACUGGGGCCCUAAUCUAUACUGUCUUUACCAUGCGUCUGCCCUACUGCGGCCCCUACAAGAUCAACCAUUUCUUCUGUGAGGUCCCUGCUGUCCUGAAGUUGGCCUGUGCAGACACAUCCCUCAAUGACCGGCUGGACUUUGUCUUGGGUUUCAUCCUGCUUUUGGUUCCACUCUCCCUCAUCUUAGCCUCUUAUGUCCGCAUCUUUGCCUCAAUCUUAAGAAUUCGCUCAACCCAAGGAAGACUCAAAUCCUUCUCCACAUGUGCCUCCCAUGUCACUGUAGUCACCAUGUUCUAUGGACCAGCCAUGAUCAUGUACAUGAGACCUGGCUCCUGGUAUGACCCGGAGCGGGACAAGAAGCUGGCCCUGUUCUACAAUGUCGUCUCUGCCUUCCUCAACCCUAUCAUCUAUAGCCUCAGAAACAAGGAUGUCAAGGGGGCCUUUCUGAAAGUGCUUGGAAACAAAGGGGCAGCUCAGUGA